AACUGCAUAUCUGAAACCGCCCACGAAAUGUGGGUCCCAUCAUCAUCUAGUUGGCAGUUCUUCAUGGCAUGGUAUUGUAUGUUCGAAUCGUGGCAUGGUAUUGUAUGCUUCUUUUGUGUGAAGAACAGCUUUCGAAGAAAAAUCAUGAGCAAGGCGGUGAAAGCAGCAGAGGCGCUGGUUCAUUCGGUAAUGGGGCAGUGGGACGCUUCUCACGACGCCUUCCAUGCGCUCAGAGUUCGUAAGCUUGCCCUUUCACUCGCUGCUGAAGAACAGUUGCCCCCAGAAAGCAUGGAAAUAGUUGAGCUGACAGCCCUGUUACACGACAUUGACGAUCACAAGUAUGCAAGGAAUGGUGUUGAAGGCAAGGUGGUCGAAUGUUUUUUGGAGAGCCACGGAGUGGAUCCUUGCAAAAGGGAGAGAAUAAUGGCCAUAAUAAAUAGAAUGGGGUUUAAGGAGGAAUUGGCAGGAGUACAAAAUGAUGAUCUUCCACCAGAGUUUGGAGUUGUGCAGGAUGCUGAUCGUCUUGAUGCUAUUGGAGCAAUUGGAAUUGCUCGAUGUUUCACUUUUGGUGGAAGUAGGAAUCGGAUACUUCAUGAUCCAGAGGUUGAAGCACGGAUAAAUUUGUCGAAGGAAGAGUACACAAAGAAAGAUGGUCAACAAACAACCUUGAAUCACUUCCAUGAGAAGCUUCUUAAGCUCAAAGACCUAAUGAAGACUAAGGCUGGUAGAAAACGGGCCGAGAGGAGGCACACAUUUAUGCAGGAUUUUCUAACAGAAUUUUAUGAAGAAUGGGAGGGCAACUUGUGAUUCAUAUAUUCCAUUCAAAUAUUCACAAAGGGUAUUAAAAGUGGGUUCCAAUCAACAUGGAGAAUAUUUAACUAAUAGGGAUCAUUUUUCCUAUAUUUUUAUAUAGCUUGAAGUUAAAAUUGCCUUUUAAAGACUCGGUAGAUGGCAGGGUAUGGUAAGCUUUAACUUGGGAGGACUGUGAGUGUUGUUUGUUGGCAAUAUUUCUCAAUAAUUCGUAUUAAGAAUUAUUAACCCAUAUGUUUCUGCAAAAUAAUCUCAAGCCUAGAUUAGAAAAUAAAUUCAUUAUGAGAUCUUUUAUUAAGUAUUAUUAAUGCGUUUAAUAUCCUAGCAAGAGACUAGAAGUGAAGGCAGUUAAUAUGUUAUAAUGAGACCAAAAGUGAAGGAAACUUUAUUUAUUUCUUAAUAUAGAAAUUUAUUUGUUUCAGUUUA